AUGGAUUCCGAGCGUGCCAAGGUCGCCGAACUGCAAUCCAACCAGACGGCCAUGGCCCAGCAGCUCGCUGCGGCAAAGACGCAAGAGCUCGCUCAACGGCAGGAGCUGGACAACGCGAGCGAUGAGAUCAAUCAGCUGCGGCGGCGGCACACGCGCGAACUCGAGGAUCGGGAUGCGGACAUGCGCAGGAAGGAGCGCGAGGUGCGUGAGCUGAAGGAGGAGCUCCGGAUGUGCCAGGACGACCUGGAGAGAGAGCGCGAGACGGUGAAGAGCCUGAAAGCCACUCUGUCGCACCAGUCGGACGCGCACGUCGCGCUGACCGCGCAGAUCACGGCCUUCCAGGCACAACAGCUCGCGAUGCAGGCGCAGAUCGAUGCGGGCUCGAGGAGCGGCCUUGGGCUGACUAUGGAGCUGGAGGCGGCACGCAGGCGGAUCGCCGAGCUCGAGAAGGAGACGCGCGAGGCGGAGAGCGUGCGGCGGAGGCUGCAUAACAUGGUGCAAGAGCUGAAGGGGAACAUCCGUGUCUUCUGUCGUGUGCGCCCGCUGCUUCCCUCCGACUUGCCUCCGCGUGGCUUGAUCACCUCUACAUCCUCUACGGACGGAGCGUCCACGCCCGAUGGCACUCCUGAUCCUGAGGAAGAUGACAAGCGGAGGGAGGACGCAAAGGCGCAGGUUGUGUUCCCGGAUAAGAUGGACCACAGAGAGAUCUUGCUGAGUUCGUCCAGCGAGAGUGCCACUGGGCAGGAACGCAAGGACGAGUGGGCGUUCACAUUCGAUCGCGUAUUUGAACCACACUCCACUCAAGCGGAGGUCUUCGAGGAGAUCUCUCAGCUGGCGCAGAGUUGUACAGACGGGUACAACGUUUGCGUUUUUGCAUAUGGCCAAACAGGGUCUGGCAAGUCCUUCACCAUGGAGGGUGGACUGACGGAUGCUACCGCGGGAAUGAUCCCAAGGGCUGUAGAGCAAGUCUUCAGAGUGGCCGAGGAACUCCGAAACAAGGGCUGGGAGUACAGGAUGGAGGGCCAGUUCCUCGAAAUUUACAACGAGACGAUCAACGAUUUGCUUGGCAAGGGAGAGUUCGACAAGAAAAGGCACGAGAUCAAGCAUGAUUCGAAGACCGGGCGCACGACCGUGACGGAUGUCAACGUCGUUCCGCUCGCCACUGCCGCCCAAGUGCGCACACUGCUCUCGCUCGCGCAGUCCCGGCGUACGGUCGCGGCGACGCUGAUGAACGAGCGCUCGUCGCGCUCGCAUUCCGUCUUCACGUUGCGCAUCCGCGGCAAUAACACGCUGACGGGUGAGGCGUGCGAGGGCAGUCUGAACCUCGUUGACCUUGCGGGCAGCGAGCGGCUGGAGAAGAGCGGCGCUGCAGGCGACAAGGACCGCUUGCGCGAGACACAGAAUAUCAAUAAAAGUCUGAGCGCGCUGGGUGACGUGGUCGCUGCACUCGGGGAGAAAGGCGAGGGGAAGAACGACAAGCACAUUCCCUACAGGAACUCGAAGUUGACCUACCUGCUUCAAAAUUCGCUGAGCGGCAACUCGAAGACGCUGAUGGUAUUGAACCUCUCGCCGCUGGCCACCCACCUCAACGAGUCUCUUUGUUCUUUGCGUUUCGCGACCAAGGUCAACAACACCACGAUCGGCACUGCGAAAAAGCAGACGCGGAAUGCAGGCGCAUCGUAACGCAUGCAUGUAUGUACAUCUUUCCUUUCCUUUAACUUACGUAUCAUCUUCCACGGACAAUGAAACCGCUGGCCUCCUGUGCAACCUCCUACAUCGCAUUCCACGUUCCAUUACGAAUGAUACAUUGUUACAGUAUGUAAAUAGGUAUACAGAUGCAGCUUCUUGAGCAUGGUAGAUAUUGAAAUGCACUGG